AUGAUAGGAUAUUUCACUACCCUCAAGGAAGAAGAGCCAAGAGUGGACAGCAUUUCCCAGCACUUAAUUAGCGAAGCUAAAUUUGCUCAUCCACUGUGCUCAAGUCAUGCACUUUCAGGGGUAACUGAAGCCAAAUUAUUUGCAGAAUUAAUAGAGAGCAGAAGAGACCUCGAAAACCAAGAAGAACUUUAGAAAAUGAAGUUUAAGAGAAAUCUAGAAGAUGAUUUGACUAAGGCCUCCGGAGAGACCAGCAUGCUGAAAAGACCUGUGCUUUUACAUUUGGACCAAACAACCCAUUUUGAUGAAUUUGAUUGUCCCUCAGAGUUUCAACAAAAACAGAAACUCUUUCCAAAAUGGCGUUUGCCAAUUAAAAUUGCCGCUUUUAUAUCAUCUCUUACUUUUCUUUACACUUUUUUGAGGGAAAUAGUUCAUCCCUUUGUAACUUUCCAUAAACAGUAUUUUUAUAAAAUUCCCAUCCUGGUCAUCAACAAAGUUUUGCCAAUGGUUUCUAUCACGCUUUUAGCACUGGUUUAUUUACCAGGUGUGAUAGCAUCAGUUGUACAACUUCGUAAUGGAACCAAGUAUAAGAAAUUUCCACAUUGGUUGGAUAAGUGGAUGUUGACAAGAAAGCAAUUUGGACUUCUCAGCUUCUUUUUUGCUAUUCUGCAUGCAGUUUAUAGUUUGUCCUAUCCAAUGAGGCGAUCCUACAGAUACAAGUUGCUAAACUGGGCCUACGAACAGGUCCAACAAAAUAAAGACGAUGCCUGGAUUGAACAUGAUGUUUGGAGAAUGGAAAUUUAUGUGUCUCUAGGAAUUGUGGGACUUGCGAUCCUGGCUCUGUUGGCUGUGACAUCUAUACCGUCAGUGAGCGACUCUUUGACAUGGAGAGAAUUUCACUAUAUUCAGAGCAAGUUAGGAAUGGUUUCCCUUCUGCUGGGCACAAUACAUGCAUUGAUUUUUGCCUGGAAUAAAUGGGUAGACAUAAAGCAAUUUGUGUGGUAUACACCUCCAACUUUUAUGAUAGCAGUUAUCCUUCCGAUGAUUGUCCUGAUAUGUAAAACCAUACUACUACUGCCGUGUUUGAGGAAGAAGAUACUCAAGAUUAGACAUGGCUGGGAAGAUGUCACCAAAACUGAUAAAACUGAUAUAUCUUCCCACUUGUAG